AUGAAAACUCUUUUACUAUUUUCGCUGAUUUUCUGUGCUGUUUUGGCGGCGUAUGAUAUACGUUUUUCAAAAGAAGUAUCCCCUGGCCCCAUCCCCCCAUUUUGCCAGAAUUGCUUGGACCUGGUUGAAAAACUGAAAGUUGCCUUCAAAGAGGGUAAAGAAGUGAAGGCGCUGAAGGAGAUUGCUCACAAAUUUUGCAAAGAAAUAUUGCCACCGCAACUCAAAGUAAAAUGCCACCAUAAAGUGGAAAGACAUUGGAAGAAAGUUAUGAAAAUGCUGGAGAUAACCAUCGAUUAUGUAGCUGACCAGAAGUAUUCGAGUAAUGAAAUUUGGAAUAAUUACACCAAUAAAGAAAAUUAUGCAUUUCAGGAUGCCGUUGAUUCCAAAAAGAUGUGCCAAGCAUUCCGUCUCUGCAAUUAG